GCGGCUGUUUCAAGAUGGCGGCAGCGGCCGCCGGUGUGGGUGGAGGUGCUCGCCGGGGCCGGAGCUAAUGUUGACUGUUUUCUUAUCAACAGCUAUGCUAAAUCAAGAGACCAAAUACUUCUUUUUACAGUCCUGUUUAAAGAGCUAAGCUUGCACUCUUUCUGUUUCCUUUAACAAAGCCACAUGCAGCUUCUGAUGAAGAAGGUCCACUGUUACCUGUUUCAGGAGUGUCUACAAAAGGAAAUUUAAGAACAAGGUGUUUGCCAAAAUAUCAAACAGGUCAAACCGAGCUGAAGGUGCCUGUAGCUGUUGCUUCUGUUUCAAUGGAUCCUGAUAGAGGUACAGGAGGUCUGACAGGGCAGCAGGGCACUAAUGAAGGAGGAAUGAAGAGUGCUUCUUUAAAGGAUUUGUGUCCUGAGGACAAGAGACGCAUUGCAAACUUAAUUAAAGAACUUGCCAGGGUAAGUGAAGAAAAAGAGGUGACGGAAGAACGGCUGAAAGCUGAACAGGAAUCGUUUGAGAAGAAGAUCAGACAGCUAGAGGAGCAGAAUGAACUUAUCAUCAAGGAAAGGGAAGAUAUCCUUUAAAAAUAUGUGCAAUGGCCCACUGAAAUAAAAAGUGAAGUACAGAGAA